GGCAGCACCGUUAACUUUAAUGCCAGAGCAAAAAAUAAAAAUUUUCCGGCGGAUGUGCUUUAGAGUAACUUUAUUUUAUUUGUGAGUUUUAAAAUAAUAAAAGUGAGAAAUUUAAGCAUUUUAGUGCAAGUACUUCUAUCGCUGUCUUACACAAAUACUUUAUUAAGUUGAUAUCUGUACCAUAAGUGCAUAAAAUUCGGUACAAGGCCAUUUCAAAUGAAAUUGAAUUUCGUAUGUGCAGCGGCUAUUUUCCGGUUUGGUUUCGUUUGAUACGAGCGGUUGUGCGGCUACUGCAGAAGGUUAUGAAUACGCUGUUAUUUUUACAAUAAAAUAUAUAUUUGAAAGUAAUGGUCGAAUUUUAAGUUUACGCUAACGUCAAGUUUUAGUGCAAAUUUAAGUGAAAUUUACCAACUUCAACAAAAGUAACACGUUAAAGACUCGAGGUGCAUACAAACAGUAAUCCUGGUUGACCUUGUAAGGUUAAACUGUAAGUUUGCAGUGUGACUAUUGCUUAUUAAACGGAUUUGUAACGGUAACAUUCAGUGUAGAACAAAAGAAAUGUGAAACAAAAUUUGCUGAGAAUUAGCACGUGAAAAGCAAGCAAAUUAAUUGAAAUUGAAUAAAAAUUUAUUGAAUAUCACAGCGAUCACUCAUAUUACUAAAAUUAUAAUAAAGCGUUACAUAUGUUGUUUAUAAGUGUUUUGUGGAGUUUCUGCGGAAAAUUUUAUAGCGAAGCUAUAAAUAAAAUAUGUUUAUCGAGUGAGCAUUAAAUUACAUUCAAUAUUAGCUUUUGAAAUAUCAAAGAAGAAACAUUUUUGUGAAGUUUACUGGCACUACUCGUGUACAAAUCUAAAUAAUUAAAAAUCAAGAACCGAAUAUUUAAAACUAAAACCAUGCCCAGAACUAAUUCAAGUAAAGCAAAUCGCAAGGAAUCAGUAUCUAAACCAAAUAUAUUACAACAAAACAACAUGAAGUACACUGAAAGUAAUGCAGCUGCAAGAGGUACCGCUGAGAAAGUAUUUGUUAAUUCACAAAAUGUUCAAGAAGCGCUACAAACAUUCAUAAAUCGCCAUCGAAGCAGUUUAGAAAAACUAACAGAACAAAAUAGUAAGCUGGGUCAACAAAACUCUCUCUUAAAUGCACAAAUGAAUAAUCAACAGGGCACCAUAUUGGCGCUAAAUGAAAAAAUUGCAGUUGGGGAAAAAGAGCUUACCAAAUACAAAGAAGAGCAAACGCGUUUGAUGGAAGAUAAAAGUUUGCUCCGCACUGAAUUGUUGACUUAUAAAAAACGCUGUGAUGAAUUGAUGAUUUCCAGUGAAAAGGAGCUGAAGGAGUGUGGUGAAAAGGAGGCGGUGUUGAAAAAUGAGCUUGAUGCGAUUCGUGAAGAAUUGCAAGCCAAGCACGCUGAAUUUGAAAACAAUAAUGCAGAGCUUAUAAAAACUCGAAAUGAAAUCAAUGAAAGCAAACUGCAACUGGAACAAAUACAGAAAUCUAACAGUGAUUUGCAGGAAGAAUUGUUGCAGAAAGAAAAAACCAUUAAUACCUUGCGUAAAGAACAUGCCGACUAUAAAACUGAAACAGAGAAAACGAUCAAUAAAAUGCAAGAAAUCCAGCAAAUAUUCUAUCCGAACGCCAUAAAUCCCUUGCCGCAUAUACAACGGAACGACGAGAGCCGCUCAACGCAACCUGUCAGCAUUACUGUGCAGCCGAGACCGCAGAGCCGCGCUGUCUUAAAGCGCAGUUCUUCGUCAUCGUCAUCGGAAGCCGAUAUGGAAAAUGAGGAGCGCGUAUUACUGCGCGGUUGGAGACCAGCGAGAAAUAUUAAAAGUUUACCGACACGAUCUGAAAGUGGUAGAGGUUCAACGGAUAUUCCACCAACAUCAGAAAGCGGUGGUGAACCUACCAUACAAAAGCGUUCUCGGCGUUAGAUUAAGAAAGUUAUUUAUAUUAUUAACUUAUAUUAUCUCUAAAACAGCAAUUCCUAUAUAUUCGUAUUGUAAUCAGUUGAUAAGAAAAUAUUUUUAUGUCAUUAUUUUCAAGCGAAAAAAAAAAUACUUUGAAAAGUUUAAUAUACACUUAAGUACUCAAGAAUAAGUGUACAUUUAAAAGAUAUUAAAUAUUAAUUACAUGUAAUUAGGCUUUAAGAUCCGAAGUGAUAGCUGUAAAUGAAGUGUGUUUUCAAAUAAGUGGCAACUUAAUGAUUACAUUUCUUUUUGUUUUUUACUUACCAUACAUAAAGUUUAAUAUUUUAUCACUCCAA